AUGGACACGUACUGCCGUCCUCUAGCUCUGAUCUCCCUCCUGAUGCUCUCUCUGCUCGGCGCCAGCUCCGCCGCCACGGUCACCACCGGCGCCCCUGACGGCAGUGAGCUCUGGGGAUAUGUCGAAGUCCGGCCAAAGGCAAACCUGUUCUGGUGGUACUACAAGAGCCCCCAGAGGGUGUCGACGCCGUCCAAGCCAUGGCCGACCGUCCUCUGGCUGCAAGGAGGCCCAGGAGCGUCGGGCGUCGGGAUCGGCAACUUCCUGGAGAUCGGACCGCUGGACGUCGGGCUGAAUCCACGCAACUCGACCUGGCUGCAGAAGGCCGACCUCAUCUUUGUGGACAACCCUGUGGGCGUCGGGUACAGCUACGUGGAGGACCCGAGCCUGCUGGUGAAGACCGACUGGGAGGCGGCCGCCGACGCCACCGCGCUCGUCAAGUCGCUCGCCACGCAGGUGCCCGCCCUGCAGCAGGGUAGCCCGCUCUUCCUCGUCGCCGAAUCCUACGGUGGCAAGUACGCCGCCACGCUCGGCGUCUCCCUCGCCAGGGCGAUCCGCGCCGGCCAGCUCAACCUCACCCUAGGCGGCGUCGCGCUCGGCGAUAGCUUCGUCUCGCCCGAGGAUUUCACGCUCUCGUACGCUCCGCUGCUCCUGGAGGUGUCGAGGCUGGACGACAAUGCCGGCGACGCCGCCAAAGCGAUGGCGGCUACGGCGCAGCAACAGAUCGCGGCUGGGCAGUUCUAUGAAGCGUGGAGCUCGUGGAAUAACUUGCUGCAGUUUAUCGACUCCAAGAGUGCCAGCGUCGACGUGUACAAUUUCUUGCUUGACAGCGGCAUGGACCCGGUGUCCACGACUACCUCGGCAGCGGCCAGCAAUACCCACCUGACGAAGUACUCAAGAUACCUCAGCAACCAGGAGGCCGCUUCUGACCCCAACGCCAUCGGCGGUAUCAUGAACGGAGUAGUCAAGCAGAAGCUCAAGAUCAUCCCCGGUAACCUCACGUGGCAAGAGCUGUCGUAUAGGGUCUAUGGCGCGCUGAAGAGCGAAAUCAUGAAGCCGAGGAUCGACGAGAUUGACGAGCUGCUGUCUUACGGCGUGAGUGUGACAGUAUACAAUGGCCAGCUCGACGUGAUCUGCUCAACGAGUGGCGCAGAAGCCUGGGUUCAGAAGCUCAAAUGGGAUGGGCUGAAGAACUUCACGAGCCUGCCGAGGCAGCCUCUAAGCUGUGGAUCUUCCAAGCUCACCCAGGCAUUCGUCAGAUCUUACGAGAACCUGCACUUUUACUGGAUCCUUGGAGCUGGACACUUUGUGCCUGCUAACCAGCCAUGCAUUGCUCUGGACAUGAUCGGUAGCAUCACCCAGUCCCCAGCCACUUAGAUGGUACUAGUAUAUCUUUUGUGAUAUGCAAGAAAUGGAAAUGCUGAUUCAAACAACCACUACAUGGACAAUGAGAGGUUACGGAACAAUGAUCCUAAGGAGCUUGUAAGGCAACGCACAUUGAUGACAAACAGCAUUUGUAUCUUAGGAAAUUAAAGCCGGUUUUGUUUGAUUCUCCUAACUAGUAACCACACUCAUUAUA